CUUAUACUUGCGGAUAAGAAGUACUUGCCUUAAUUAUUGAUCUUAUCCUUGUAUGCCUUGCAUUAGUUAUUGGGACCGCGGAAUUUAAGAACAGACGCUGACCUAUCGAACAGAUCCAACACUAGGUAAUAAUUCAUUCCCUACCUAAUCUGCCGAGCAGGACCCGCGUUCGUGGUCAGAGAGACAUCAUGAUGACUUCGGAGACUGGCUCCUCCACCGUGCGGGCAUUUGGCCCAGUGCAUGUCAUAGAGCCCAUCUCCGAGCACACGCAUACUGCCAUCAUGCUACAUGGCCGAGGCAGCAACGGCCCUGAGUUCGCAGAGGAACUCGCUGAGACUGCGUCGCCUGACCAGAAACCGCUCAUGCAAAGGUUCCCUAGCUGGCGCUGGGUGUUUCCAUCGUCUCAAGAACUGUGGAGCACGGCGUUCGAGGAGAUGCUGCCCGCCUGGUUCGAGACUCAUUCGCUCACCGACCCGACGGAGAGACAAGAUCUGCAGAUGGAGGGGAUCAGGCAGUCCGUCGCAUACAUUCAGUCCAUCAUAGAUCAGGAAGCCGCGAGCCUCGGUGGGAGGAAGGAGAGAAUCGUCAUUGCAGGCAUCAGCCAGGGGGGCGCAAUCGGCAUGUGGGCGCUACUUUGCCAGGAGAACCUCGACAGGCGGUUUGGGGCGUUCGUGGGCGCCAGCACCUGGCUGCCCUUCUCGGUGAAUAUAGAGAUGUUCGUGGGCAAAGGCGAGUCCGCUCACCCGGCCCAGUCCAAGCCGGAAGCAAACCCAUCAGAUGCCUUUGUCGGUGGCAUGAUGUCUUCUUGGACUCGACCCACCACAUUCCCGCCGACGAGCACGCCGCUCCUUUCCACUCCAAUCCUGCUCGGCCACGGCGUUGAUGAUGCCUUUGUUGAUGUCGGCCUUGGUCGAGAAGCCAGGCGUGUCCUUGCCACUGUAGGGUUCCGAGUCGACUGGCAAGAAUAUUCGGGCGCAGAGCUCGAAGGACAUUGGCUCAAGGCCCCGGAGCAGAUCGAUGAUAUCGCCACCUUCUUUCUGAAGGCCACGUCGGUUGAGCCGAGAGCGCGAAAUAAACCGUAGGGUGCCAUUCUAUCGUUCGAAUGGCGGUAGAUUGUGCUGGGUCCGAGUUUACUAUCCACGUGGCUGAGACCGUGGACAUCCACCAGUCCAGCUCUGAGUUCCGAUGAUGUGCAUCGUGCCUUCCCUGUAGGUGUUCCUCAACCCACCGUGACACCGCACCACGGCGGAUGAUCACCACACCUGGCAUAGCUUAGGCAGCAGGGCGCUUUGAGGGGGGAUCUGGAUAAGGCAUCGUAUCUGAGCUAGAAACUGGAAUGGGCGAGGCUGAAGAUUCUCCGGAGUUGAAGGCAAGCCAGAUAUUGAAUGUCAUUGUCUUUCUGCAGCACAUCACUCCUUUCCUCUUGUUGGAUGCAGUGAACAUCUCAUGGGUAGAGCAGACGAGCAGCAAAGUCCAAAUUAGGUACCAACGGCGCGAGG